AUGUCGCAAUCAACGCAACGUUCUUCGAGCACCAGCGCUGUGGCUCAAAAGACACGAGAAAGACGUAAGUUGGUGGUCCCUGGUGUAUGUGACUGAUAAAACACUUGAUGAGGAAUGUGCACUGAUCCUCUUUGGACCUAACCGGAAGUUUGAGAUUUCUAGCAUCACGUCAUUCCAUUGAAUUUCCUCGAAUUGAUCAAGGGUUCAAGAAGUCAAACAACUAUUCAUUUCCCUAAGAAAGGUCAUUUCCCGUGCCCUUUGCCCUUUCGAGUUCAAAAUGUUUAAUUUUGAAGAGCAUCUUUCUCGCCCUUCAAUUCUCUUUGAAAAAGUGCAUCCGAUGCUUCUGAGGGGCUGCUCCCUCCUUCUUAGGAAACAAUUUUCAAUUCCAAUUUUAAUUUCUCUGAGAAAACAGGAAAAGUAUUGCUUGCUGCAAGUUGUAUCGAAUGCUCAACCCAGAAUCAUAAGAGGAAUAAAUGCGUAGAGAAAGUGUACAGCUGGUCGCAGACAAUACUAAUCCCAUCCUUGUUUAUUCCGUCUCACACGUCGUUCCGCGCGUUCCCUUCUAAUUGCAAGCGAGCGGGAACGCAAAAUAAUGACAAACAGAAAAAGCCGAACAAUAUUUCAGGAAAAUCAAAGUCCCGUCGUCGCUGCUGGUUUGGAUGUCUGUGGCUGUCGUCUAGGGUUAGCCUCAUCCGCUCUUCCGGUCGAUCUUCGAGGUGAGACACACACAAAAUUCUGUUAGAAAAGAACACAAAAGUGGCGCGGAGGUUUUUUUUUUGCAAUUUUCCGACGGAGUGAGCACGGAAAGACUCACGACAAAGUGGAUUAGUUAUCCAGUGGAACGGAAAACUCAAACGAAAUCAACACGUUUUUGUCUGUGUUGUUGAAUUUGGUGCUUGUCCAAUGAGUUCAGCGACCUGUCACCAGCAUAAUGUUGUCAUUCCAGAAGUCCGGAGCCCGAUGAAAACUUAUCGGUGGUUGACAGAGUUUCGAGCAUUAUUAACGAGAAGCCGCUCAAGAUGGCCCAUGUUUCAAGAGCUGCUCGGUAAGCGAACUAGAAAAUAUGCGCAUGAGGUGUUCAAAAUCCCAUUUCCAGACUAAUCCAUGAGAUCAGCUUCGCCGAUCGUAAGCAGUUUAUUGAUUGCGGAGUUAUCCAUCAGCUUUUGGAGUUGAUUGGCGAGACGGCAAUCUCGGAUAGUAAUGCAACAUCGUAAGUGGCAGGGAUCACGAUUCCGUAAACAAAUAACAAUAAUCGUAAUAAAUUUGCAAAAAACAAUCGGCCGGGGCAGAGCGAGUCAAAACAAAGAACACUUUCGCUCAGGGAACUGACUGCAUUCAUUUCGGAAAUCUAUUGUGUGCUAGUGUUAGCUAGAAAGGAAUGGUGUCCGGUUACCGAGUAUCACGGGGAGAGGAUGUUUUUAUUUUUCUUUUCACGGGAAAAGUUUAUUCAUUCAUAGAAUGAGAACGAGGUCUCGAAUUACAAUUUACCACAGUAAUUGUCUUGCGGCUUUCGACCAACGUUUUGGGGCGCUUUCGACGCAUCAUCAUUUGAAGAACAAACAUUUGCUCAUUAGAGAACAUUUUCACUAAUGGAACAUUUACAUUGAGUUUCCAGAUCGAGAAGCAGCUCGGAUGAGCAGAAACGGCGGACUCGUCGCAAUUCAUCCGCCUCGUUUUCCCACAAAGGAACCGGAUAUGGAACCGGAUCCACCAGAUCGCGUUGGGAUAUUGAGAGAACGGUAAAUGGAGUUGAAGGGCAUGUGUCGUGUAUCUUUUUCUAAAAAGAAAACUAUGGGGCAGCUGUUGGGGCAUUCAAAAAAGAAACGAGGAACAGCUUUUGAUUGAUUACCCGACGGCUUUUUAAAAAAGUUUUGCCUCAGAGUGGGGGUUGGUCUCUUAUUCUUCUCUUUCUUUUCAAGUUCACAGCAAGGGGUCCGACUUUCAGGUGGAAGAGAAGUUGAUCCGAGAGGAGCAUCUUACUUGGCUUCUUGGAGUUCUCAAUGCAUUCAUGUUGGGACAUUCGGUCUUUGAGUGCAUCAAGGCGAAACCUGAGGAACUAGUGCACAUGACGGAAAACUCGAUUUCAUUGAUUGCUGAUUCUUCGAUUUUGAGCAUUUUGGAGUACAACUUGAGAAACGACAGUUUUUUUGAUGUCAGCGAGCACAUUGAAAUCUAUCAGGUGCAUAGGCAAUAUUGGAUUUGGUGCUUGCAACUUGGGCUUUUUUCAGGCUCUUUUGGAGACAGCUGCCGCAAUGGCUGCUUGUCCAGGUCUAGUUCCACACCUUGUGAAGCCUUACACACCAAAUGCCAAAUCAAUUGCAAAGGAACUCAUUCCACGCUUCAAGGACAACAUUUUGGCGAUACAAGCACGUUGGGGAGGCACUCUUGAGGAGACCAACUUCAGAAUGGCCGACUUCUCCACGAAAGUAACCCUUCUCUCUGACGUACGUUUCACUUUACGCAAAACACUUUCAUACGCCUUUUUUCAGUUUGUGAUUGACGCCGCUCGCGCCUACGAGCAGACUCUGCCACCGGAACAACGUAUUCAGACGGCCACUCAUCGCCGUUCGUCGCACAUUGGCCACACCUCGAAGAUGUCGGAAGCAAAGGACGAAGAGGCCAUCUACAAGACCAAGAUGCAGGAGCUCCAGUUACAAACUGCCAAGUAUGCGUCUUUUUGCAGCAAAAGAUAGUUGGAAUUAAAGAGAGCGCAGGUCUCAGCUUUUCAUUCGAACAUGUUUUAUUCAUGCUGAAUUGAUGUGACUAUUAACUUGUCGAAUAUUCAAAGUGCGCAAUUCCCUGAAAAAGUUGAACUGAGUGUUCUUUCAUAUUUAAUCUUUUCAGGUUUAUCGGGGACUUUGGCAAGCUGUGUGUUCCGUAUGCUUUCCGAAAAGAGGCAAAAAACAUCAAUCCGUUCAGCCCUCAUCUUCGUGAUCGGUGAGCUAUGGGGAACCAAAGAAAGGAAACCACAGGAUUGUAAACUGAAGAGGGUCGUAAAAGCGGGAAAAGAGAAAAGCCGAGAUAGUUGAGUUGAGUGCUCCAAUUGAGAAUUGUUUUUUAUUUAUGACCUUGUAUAGUAUUGAAUAAUAAAUUGUACUUGCUUGCCAAUUACGAAAUUGAUAUACUUUCAGCACAAAGAGAAUUGCUAAGGAAUUGGCUUCGAUUGCCAACGCACUUCCAUUGAAUGCCAGCAACAGUAUUUACGUUUGUUACGACGAGGGACGAGUGGAUAUCAUCAAAGUAUUGAUAUCGGGACCCGAUGACACCCCGUAUGCAAACGGACUUUUUGAAUUUGACAUAUUUUUCCCAACCGGAUACCCGUUCGCGCCGCCAAAAUGCGCGUUCCUAACAACCGGAUCGGGAAACGUCCGUUUCAAUCCGAAUCUGUAUAACGACGGUAAAAUCUGUCUUUCUAUUCUGGGAACAUGGGAAGGACGGCCGGAGGAGAAAUGGAAUCCGUACUGUUCUUUGAUGCAGGUUCUUGUCAGCAUUCAGGUAUUAACAGUGAGAGCAGCUUUCGGUAAUCAAAUCGUGGGAUUUAGGGGCUAAUCUUUGUGAAGGACCCGUACUUCAAUGAGCCUGGAUUCGAGCGUUACCAAGGGACCGAACGGGGCGAUGAGUACUCGCGCAAGUACAAUCUCCAGAUUGAGCACGCGACGCUCAACUAUGCGAUUAGGGAGCAAUUGAAAAAGCCGUCCGAGCACUUUAAGGUAGACAGACCGAAUUGCGUAACGUUCGAAACGUGUUGUUCAGGAGGUCAUUGAGAAGCACUUGUGGCUGAAGAAAGACGCGAUUCUGAAGCAGGCGCAUGACUGGAUUAUGAAUGUCCGUCAAGAUUUUGGCGAUGAGAAGCACAACAAGAGAAAGGAUGUGUUCGCGUUUGAGACCGGAUUCAACCCACUUACACAGGUAAGAAAGAGAUACAUUCCACGUCACAAGAAUCUAUUUCAGGAGCGUGUCAUCCAAAAUUUGAUCCAGGAACUCAGUGCAAUGACUUCUCCGUUUGCCAAGGAAGAAGCCGAGGAAGCAGAGAGGAAGGAGAAGGAACGUUUGGAGGAAGAAGAGCAAAAGAAGAAGGAAGAGGAAGCGAAAGCUGAGCUCGAAAAGGAGACUCGUCAACUUCAGCUGGACGUUCAGCGCCGACGGUCCAGUGUUGCUGCGACGUUGAUCACGCAGCCAUCAGAAGGUAUGCAAAAUGUUUAUCAAGUUCUAUUUUCUUAUUUUCAUAUUCCAGAAAGCUCAGCCACCGAAGAAGGAUCUUCUACGUCAUCUUAA